UAGAAAAACUUGUCGUCAACAGCCGCCGCCAUUUUACGUUAGCCGAUCGACUCGCACGGUCUAUAAUCCCAUCGGCGUAUCUUAUUUCGUGAAAAUUAGUGUACUGGCUGUCUCAAUGAGACGAUGCUGUAAGGUGAUUGCAAUUACCAAGUAUCGUAUUGUUUGAUAAUAAAACGUGUGAGUUAAAUAUACAAGACUCAUCUCGUUUGCGUCAAUUUCGCGCGCCCAUUAAGUUAGCAAGAGAGAGAGGUACACGGUACAUGGAAGAGCCUCCGGAGGUGGAGAUAGUUAAGAUGGUGCCAGCGGCCCUUGAGUGCGUUAUCGUCGCUGCUAGCUGUUAGCGGCGUGCACCCAGCCAGUGUGACACAGGAUGAUUGGUGUGCGUGGUGUCUUGGUGUCACUACAAAUUUGACUCGUGCUUUUUUUAUUAUCAUUAUUACUACUAUUAUUAUUAAUAACAAGUGCAUUUUAUUUCAUUAACAUAAAGGUACCUCAAGUCAAGGCGUUCGAGUUGACUGACUGUGUUUUCAAUAAACAACUGAUCCAGUGGUUAUUUUACGAGUGCAAGCGUCUGGGUGAAACGUCGUCGUCGUCAUCGUCGUACCCGUCGACAUCACCAUCACCAUCGCUGUCCUCAACUUGAUCUACUCUUAGUGUGUAUAAUAUACAUAUAUACUCAUACACACAGUACAUAUACUUCAAUACAUAUAUGUAAAUUUAUAUUUAUUCAUAUAUAUACAUACAUACAUACACAUAUAGAUAGAUAUAUAUACAUACAUACAUAUAUAUAUCAGCUGGUGAUUUAGUUAUAUAGUGUAAAAAAGAUUGCUGCUAUUGCAGCUGAAAUCAACAGUCACGGUUGUCGUGGAGUGUGGCCCGCCGAGUUUUCCUCGGAGUAGCGGGCCCUCCGAAAUUUUUUUUUUAAAACACUCUGAGGAUGCCCGAUGGCUGAUGUUGCAGUAAAUCAUGUACAAGGACGCUUUGCGCGCCGCGCUUAUUGUUACAAUUGUUAUUUUAGUGAAUUUAAAUAUGUUUGUUAUGCGGUGAAAAAGACCUGCCACCGCGUACCCGACUACGCCGAACUAACGUCGUCGUCGUCGCUAAAUUAUUUAUCAUCUGAAUCUCCGAUUUAUUCAUUACCUUUACGGCGGCUCCAAGUCUAGCCGCCACCGCUAUCGCGUCGUGGAGUCCAGUUUAGCGUUUUGGAUUUUGUCGUCAUCGUCGUCGUCGUCAUUGCCGUCAUCAACAUCACCACCAUUUACUUGGUGUUUUGAGGACCGCAGUGAUCUGCUACCGUGACAUUAAGUCUAUUUAAUUAGUCUGAUUAUAUUGGAGAUUAUUUCUUCUGAGGAAAUGGCCGACCACUUAGUGGAUGGACCGCCGACCAAGCGGCCAAAGCUUGGAGAUGCUUUUCAAGGUCCCUCUGAUUCUUCUGUGAGUAUGGCGUCUCUAAUGAUGCCCCAUGCUUAUUCAAACUACGGGGGAGGUGGCAGUGGUAACUUACAACAAAUGCAGGGUCCGCCGCAGCAACUACAUCUGCAACAGCAUCAGAUGCAGCAACAUUGGAACAACAAUACCACCCAGAGGAGAAAUUUCAUAACAAACAAUGAUAUGUAUGACCUCGAAAAUGACCUUCCUGACGAUUUACUUUCAUCGGGAUCUUGGAGCUCAGCAGCUGAAAAACCACCGGCAACAGGCCCUGGACCAGGACAACAAAAUGGUGCACUUGAUUCGGAAUUGCGACAACAUGUACAGCAACAACAACAACAACAGCAACAGCAACAAGCUCAACAACAACAGCAGCAACAACAACAGCAGCAGCUAUCUCAUCAUCUAAUUCAACAGCAGAAUAAGCAAAGUCUCGUACCGAAUUCAUUGGUUAUGGCUGCUGGGACAAUGAGCAGUAAAAGUCCAAACAUGCAGUCGCCACCGAAUGUUUCGGUAUCUAAAGGGGUUGUAGAUCAACAAAUGGUAGUGAGCUUGGGAAAUUUGCCAAGUAGUAUAGCAAGCUCGUUAGCCAACAAUCAGAUGUCCAUAGUGAAUUCUAUGGGUGGUCUUCAGCCGUCAAUGAGUAUGGCUGGUAGUAAUCCAGCUAUGUCAAUGCCUGGUGGUAUGAAUGCUAGUUUAGUCAUGACUAGUAGCGCCACGGGGAAUAAUAAUUUAGGAGGAAUGGCUGGUGGUGGUUUGAUUGUUGCUAACAGCUUAAACAAACAACCUUUAAACACGGUGACAAUGAUGGGUCCAAAUUCACAAGGAGUUCAUCAUCCACAGGGUCCUCAUGGUGUUACUCAAAUGCAAAAUGGUCCAGGAUUAAUUAAUCGAGUAGUCAUGCAACAACAGCAGCAACAAGUACAACAGCAACAGCAAGUUCAGCAACAGCAGCAAGUCCAACAACAGCAGCAAGCUCAACAACAACAGCAACAGCAGCAGCAACAGCAAACUCACAUGGUAAACCAAGCUCGGGGUCAAAGUCCUCAUCAUCAAGUCCAUCAGGGAGGUAUUGUAGGUCCUGGGCAAGGUGGAUCAAGGAUGCAAGCACCACCUAACAUGCAAAAUAUUCAAAAUAUGGGUCAAAUGGGUGUUUCAAGCCCAUACGGAUAUGGUACCCCUGGAAGCGGUCCAGGUACUAGAGUAAAUGUACGAGCUGUCAAUCCUGUCUGCGUAGUUGCCCCCCUUCAAAGAGGAGGAGUCGGAUCUAACAUGGGAGCCAUGUCUGUCGGACGAUUUGGCGGUCCUGGUGGUCCAAGUGGGCCAAUCGGUGUUGGAAACGUCAUAAGCGGUCAAGAAGGGAUGGUCCAGCAAAGUCAACAGCCCACCCCAAGUCCUGCUCAACCACAGUCCGGUGCGCCAACGGGUGGUCAACCGGAUCCUCAACAAGCAACACAGGGACCAGUAGCUGGUGGAAGUACGCAAUCCGGUUCUACAUCUUCUACUCAUGAUCCAGAGCACCGUAAACUAAUCCAGCAGCAGCUCGUCCUCCUGCUCCACGCCCACAAAUGCCAGAUACGAGAACGCCAGGCCAACGGUGAAGCGUGGAAAUGUUCGCUGCCCCACUGCAAAACUAUGAAGAAUGUACUGACUCAUAUGACGACCUGUGAAGAGGGCAAGGAGUGUACAAUACCACAUUGCAGUUCAUCCAGACAGAUCAUCACUCAUUGGAAACAGUGUCAAAAGAGCGAUUGUCCUGUUUGCUUACCACUCAAACAAGCGGACAAAAACAAGACUGCUAAUUCUCGUGCUGCUGUGGUAACAAACCAGCCAAAUAGCCAACCAAAUCCAAAUCCCGACAUAAGAAAACCUUUUGAAACUGUGGGUAUGAUACAGUGUCAAAAGACGGCACCUGGUAUUUUAUCUAAUCAGGCAGUGGGUCGUGGUGUGAGAAUGCCUGGCCCGGGUAUGCCUGGUCCUCCUGGUUCGAUGGCUGCGGGAAUAAGACUUGCACAACCUCAAGCUCAGCAAAGUCCAGGUCAAUCGGUAGUUAAUCAAGUGCAAUCCGUCGCACCAAAUGUAUCUCUUCCAUUAAGUUCCGAUCCAACGACUGUAGCCGUAAGUACUAAUCAAUCAGCUUCAACGACGGGUCCAACGUCUGCCGUGGCAGUAGCGGCGACUGCCAAUCUUCAACAACAGCAGCAAGCUGUUAAUAUGCAUACACUAUUUGGUCUUAAUGAUUCAGGUCAGCCUAAUUUAUCAAAUGAAAAUCGAUUGACAAAUUUACAAUUACCUGGUGGUCUUCAGCCGGGUCAAGUAACAGCUACUCCAGUACAAGGAACAAAAGAAUGGCAUCAAUCAGUAACGCCAGAUCUCAGAAAUCAUCUUGUUCAUAAAUUAGUUCAAGCAAUAUUUCCAGCUCCAGAUCCACAAGCAAUGUUCGAUAAAAGAUUACAUAAUUUAGUGGCGUACGCGAGAAAAGUUGAAGGUGAUAUGUAUGAAAUGGCUAAUUCACGAUCCGAGUAUUAUCAUUUAUUGGCGGAAAAAAUUUAUAAAAUUCAAAAAGAGCUAGAAGAAAAACGUCAAAAGCGUAAAGAAAUGCAAUUAGCUCAGCAACAACAACAGCCUCAAGCACAAGUUGCUGCUGCUCCUGGAUUACGAGCUAUUGCUCCCCCACCAGGUGUUCCAGCUGCUGUACCUCAAAGGGCAGCUCCACCUACGUUAAGAAGUCUUUCACCCGGAAUUGAUCAAUUACGCAAUAUUCAAGGGAUUGCAAUGCAACACAAUCGUAUGCCUUUUACUCAACAGCAAUCACAACAAUCACAACAACAACAGCAGCAGCAGCAGCAAGUUACACAACAGGUUCAACAACAAUUACAGCAACAAGUUCAGCAACAGCAGUCCAAUAUGCUAGUAGGUCCUCCUGGACCUAGUCCAAACGGUCAAGUCGCAUCAAAUGCACCUAUGGUAUCAAAUCCUCUCAUUCCUUUUGCACAACAAAUGCCGCAGGCAAACUUAACGACAUCAUCGACGUCAGCGACAACUAGUCAGUUCCCGACAUCUAAUGGUACAGCGGUCUUACCGAACACGUCUCCUGUUCAAUUCCCAGAGCUGAUGAAAGCGAGGUUGCAGGCUCAAGCUGUACAGCAACAACAACAACAACAAGCUGCUCAACAACAACAACAACAACAGCAACAAGUUCAACAACAGCAACAACAAGUACAACAACAGCAACAACAAGUCGGUACCCCUAUACCGAAUGUCAAUGCUGCGAGUAUUCCUCAAGCUCCAUCACCAUUUAGUACUAUACAGCAGCAAAGCAAUCAACAACAGUUCACAAAUACUCGACCAUUGUCUGCUACAACACCAGUUGAUAAUGGAAUCUCUGUAAAUACACCUCAAACGAUAGCGCCUUCAUCAUCAAGUGGACCUAGUCCUGGACCAGCGCCUAUGACAAACGGUCCACAAUCGGUCGCUUCAACGCCUUCGACACCACUUGUUCCUUCUUUAAUGACACCAAAUCAGAUGAUAUCAAAUCAAACACCUCCUCAUCCAAGUACGACACCAUCACCUGCCGGUCUGGCUAGUCUUGGCAAAGGUAUGACCUCACAAGAAAGAGCAGCAUUAAAUGCACCCAGAAGUUCUUCAAUGUCUUCGCAAAUGGCUGCUAUCACAGCUGCUCUCGAUCGUGACAACUCACCCAGUCCACCUACGAAUAAUAAUAAAGGAAAGUUGGACUCUAUUAAAGAAGAAAAUAUUAAAAUGGAGAUUAAACAAGAAGACUGUUCAGAAAAUCACAGAAUGGAUGGUGGUAAGAAUAUUAAUAAUGAUGUUGUUAUUAAAACAGAAAUAAAACAAGAACCUAUGGAAGAGUCGUCGGGAGAUGGCACUAUCAAGGAAGAGCCUCAUAUCAAAGAGGAACCAGUUACACCGAUGUCCAGUCAUGAUGGUUCUACGUCUGACAUAAAACCCAUGAUGCCUGAACCUAUUCAAUCUAGUGGAACCUCAGAUAGCAAAAAACGUCUUUGUCUUUUCAAACCAGAUGAAUUAAGACAGGCGUUGAUGCCAACUUUGGAAAAACUAUAUCGUCAAGAUCCCGAGUCAUUGCCUUUCAGACAGCCAGUUGAUCCACCAGCACUGGGAAUUCCAGAUUACUUUGACAUUGUCAAGCACCCAAUGGAUCUCUCUACUAUUAAAAGGAAGCUUGACACCGGUCAGUACAGCGAUCCUUGGGAGUAUGUCGAUGAUGUUUGGAUGAUGUUUGAUAAUGCAUGGCUUUAUAAUCGUAAAACAUCACGAGUCUACAGAUACUGUACAAAGUUGUCGGAAGUAUUUGAACAAGAAAUUGACCCAGUAAUGCAAGCAUUGGGCUAUUGUUGCGGCAGGAAAUAUACCUUUAAUCCUCAGGUGUUGUGUUGUUAUGGGAAGCAGCUUUGUACAAUACCAAGAGAUGCAAAGUAUUAUUCCUACAAAAAUAGUCUAAAGGCUUAUGGUCUUGUUUCCAACAGAUACACGUUUUGUCAAAAGUGUUUCAAUGACAUUCCCGGUGACACUGUGACGUUGGGUGAUGAUCCGACGCAACCACAAACGGCAAUAAAAAAGGAACAAUUUCAAGAGAUGAAAAAUGAUCAUUUGGAAUUAGAACCUUUCGUCAUCUGUAAUGAUUGUGGUAGGAAAGUUCACCAAAUUUGUGUUCUUCAUAUGGAAUCGAUUUGGCCAUUAGGAUUUAGCUGUGAUAAUUGUCUCAAAAAGAAGGGGCAAAAACGAAAAGAGAAUAAAUUUAAUGCUAAAAGAUUGCCAGUUACAAAGUUAGGAACUUAUAUAGAAACAAGAGUUAAUAAUUUCUUGAAGAAAAAAGAGGCUGGCGCGGGUGAAGUUGCAAUUCGUGUCGUUGCAUCAAGUGAUAAAGUUGUUGAAGUUAAACCUGGUAUGAGAAGUAGAUUUGUUGAAAAUGGUGAUAUGCCUGGUGAAUUUCCUUACCGUGCAAAAGCACUAUUUGCAUUCGAAGAAGUUGACGGUACGGAUGUUUGUUUCUUCGGUAUGCAUGUUCAAGAAUACGGAAGUGAAUGCACGCCACCCAAUACUAGGAGAGUGUAUAUCGCGUAUUUGGACUCUGUACAUUUCUUCCGACCUAAACAAUUUAGGACUGCUGUUUAUCAUGAAAUUCUUCUUGGAUAUUUGGAUUAUGCUAAGCAACUGGGUUAUACAAUGGCUCAUAUUUGGGCUUGUCCACCAUCUGAAGGAGAUGAUUAUAUUUUCCACUGCCACCCUACAGAACAAAAAAUUCCAAAACCUAAGAGAUUACAAGAAUGGUAUAAGAAAAUGCUCGAUAAAGGAAUGGUUGAAAGAAUAGUACUUGAUUAUAAGGAUAUUCUUAAACAAGCGAUGGAAGAUAAAUUAUCUUCUGCUGCUGAUCUGCCUUACUUCGAAGGUGAUUUCUGGCCAAACGUUCUGGAGGAAAGCAUAAAAGAGCUCGAUCAGGAGGAAGAAGAAAAAAGAAAACAAGCAGAAGCCGCUGAAGCAGCAGCUGCUGCCGCAAAUGCUAUAUUCUCAUUAACUGAUGACUCUGAGACGGGUCCAGAUGGCAAAAAGAAGGGUCAGAAAAAAGCGAAAAAGUCUAAUAAAUCUAAAGCUAAUCAACGUAAAAAUAGCAAAAAAUCAAAUACGCCACAAACAGGCAAUGAUCUUUCUGCAAAAAUUUUUGCUACUAUGGAAAAACACAAAGAAGUAUUCUUUGUAAUUAGAUUACAUAGUGCUCAAAGUGCAGCUAGUUUAGCAUCAAUUCAAGAUCCUGAUCCUGUUAUUAAUUGUGAUCUUAUGGACGGACGAGAUGCAUUCCUUACGAUGGCGAGAGAAAAGCAUUAUGAAUUCUCAUCUCUUAGACGAGCUAAGUUUAGUUCAAUGUCAAUGUUGUAUGAAUUACAUAAUCAAGGUCAAGACAAAUUUGUAUACACAUGUAACAACUGCAAGAGUCAUGUUGAAACAAGAUAUCACUGUACAGUUUGUGAUGACUUUGAUCUUUGUAUAAGUUGUAAAGAAAAAGAUGAUCAUCCUCAUCUCAUGGAGAAACUUGGUUUAGACUUGGAUGAUGGUUCAUCACCUGCAGAUGCUAAACAAGCGAAUCCCCAGGAAGCAAGAAAACUAUCUAUUCAAAGAUGUAUACAAUCGUUGGUUCACGCGUGUCAGUGUCGAGACGCUAAUUGUCGACUACCUAGCUGUCAAAAGAUGAAGAGAGUUGUUACACAUACCAAAGUUUGUAAACGAAAAACAAACGGUGGCUGUCCAAUUUGUAAACAACUCAUUGCAUUAUGCUGCUACCAUGCGAAACAUUGCCAAGAAACAAAAUGUCUUGUACCAUUCUGUUCAAAUAUUAAGCACAAAUUAAAACAGCAACAAUUACAGCAGAGAUUACAACAGGCACAGUUAUUAAGAAGACGUAUGGCUGUGAUGAACACAAGACCAACAGCUCCUGUUAGUGGUAUGCAAAGUGGCCAGCCAACGUCAAAUGCUGUAAUGGCUGCUGGUGUCGCGAUGAAGCCCGGAGCCAGUCCGACGAAUUUACCCUCUCCUCAUCAGCCAGGUAUUGGUCAUAAACCAAGUGCACAUACACCACCAGCUCAUGUUCUUCAAGUGGUUAAACAAGUACAAGAAGAAGCUGCAAGGCAGCAAACUCCACAUGGUAACUAUGGUAAAGUUGCGCCUGUUGGAGUUGGUGUAAAUGUUGGUAACCAAGGUGGUGGUGUGAUGCCACCUCCACAAAUGCAAAGGCAAAUGCCAGUACAAAUGACAAAUCCCGGUGGUACUCAUCUAAUUUCUAUGGAUCAGUGGACACCGAGGUAUCAACCUAAUGCUGUAAUGCAACAAAAUCCAGGUCUCCGUCCACAAGCUCCACAGCAAAUAAUGCAACCGCAACAGCAUCAAGGGCAAUCAGCAAUGAACAUAGCCGGUCAAAUGCCACGACAAGCUAACGUUGUUGGUGGACCCGUUGGUCAAGUAGGUCCUCAAGGUCAAGGCAGUGGGCCACCGAUGCAAAGACAAGCCCUACAACAGCUUAUGCAAACGCUACGAAGUCCUAGUACUCCAGAUCAACAAAACCAGAUACUACAUAUACUUAAGAGUAAUCCACCUUUAAUGGCAGCAUUUAUAAAACAACGACAAGCUCAGACUGGUCAGCAUGGUGGAGUUGUUGGACAAAUGGGUCCGGGGCAACCUCAACAACAGCAACAGCCGCAGCAACAACACCAACAACAGCAACAGCAGCAGCAGCAACAGCAACAAUCUAGCUUGUCACAUAUGUUACCGCAACAACAACAGCAUCAACUUCAGCCUCAGCAUACUCAGCAGCAGCAACCGCAGCAACAGCAACCAAAUCGAAUGCAACUUCAUGCGCUAAUAAAUCAGCAACAGCAACAACAACAACAACAGCAGCAGCAAUCGGGUCAGGUGACUGGUGUUCAAUAUCCGCAGUGGCAUAAACAACAAGUUUUAACGAUGCAGAGACAUACGGUACAGCAACAGCAACAACAGCAACAACAACAGCAACAGCAGCCUCAGCAACCGUUUACCCAACCACCAGCACCGCCUUAUGGGCAACAAAGGCCAAUGAGGCCACAUUUGGGUUAUGGUGGUUUUAAUGAACAAGCUUAUGGACAACCUGGUCUUAAACCGACUCCGUCGCCUGUUGCUGGAUCACAAGGUGUUAUGGGACCACCUGGAAUUUCGGUGCAGCAGCAACUAAUGCAGUCUGUACGAUCGCCACCGCCAAUUCGUUCGCCUCAACCAAAUCCAUCGCCGAGGCCUGUGCCUUCGCCUCGUAAUCAACCGGUACCUUCUCCUAGAGCGGGUCCUGUACCUUCACCACUUCAUCAUCCACCUCACGGUACGCCGACGCAUUCCCCAGCGCAUGAAUUAGGAGGACCCAGUGAAAUGAUGCUACACGCAGGUGGAGCUGAAACUGGUGAAGUAACACCAAUGACGCCGCAAGAUCAACUUUCCAAGUUUGUAGAAGGAUUGUAGUGACUAUUAUCUAUAAAACCAGUUAUAAAUAGUGACUAUCGACGAACAAAAUGUCAAUAUAACGCUGGUAAAUUCCGUGUUUUGUGACAAAUGUUUUAAGGAGAUGACCACUGUGAAAUUUAAUCCGCUAUUGCUACUCUAAUGCAAUUUCGUUUUUUAUAUCCUGCGGUCUUUCUCCCGACUGUAGAUUUGUAAACUAUCUAUUACUUAUUAUUAUUAUUAAAAUAAUUAUUUUUAUUAAUGUUA